AUGUCCGGAGCCACCUCGCGACUCAAGACCUUACUGGGGCAUCUCACUUCAGCGGCCACAACGCCGCCGGCUGAGUAUGUUCACAGCCACCAUAUUCAUCAGUUGUCCCCUACUUUCUUUCUGGAACGGGCUGCGGCCAUUGAACCUGAUGCUCCAGCCAUCUACCACGUAACGGCGAACAACAAGAUCCUGAGGAGAUCUUACAUUGAGUUCGCAGACCGCGCACGGGGACUUGCGUACUUCCUUCUAAAGCGCGGCUUCAAAAGGGUUGGAAUUCUGGCCACUAACACACCAGCAUUCCUGGAAUCAAUCUUUGGUAUCAUUGCGGCUCGUGGCGUGGUUGUCCCAGUCAACUACCGUUUAAAACCGGAUGACAUCACCUACAUCUUCGACUUUGCAGAGGUUGAUUCCAUUAUCGUAGAUCAGGAAUACGAGCCUCUACUAGAAGACUUUAAAAAGUCACACCCCAAUGUCACCUUCAUCAUAGACACUGAUACUGAUGCCACCGAAGGCCAGCUGUGUGGCCCGUUUGAUGAAGCAAUUCUAGAAGGCCUUCAGUACGACACCUCCCAAGGAAGUAAGGGAUGGGCCGGAUUGCACUCGCAGUGCUCAAACGAGGAUGAUAUGCUAGCUAUUCCCUUCACCUCCGGUACAACAUCUCGCCCGAAAGGCGUCAUCUACACCCAUAGGGGAGCGUAUCUUGCAAGCUUAGCAAAUAUCAUCGAAUCUGGCCUAAACUAUAAUAAUGGGAGAUGUAGGUAUCUCUGGACGCUACCAAUGUUCCAUGCAAUGGGCUGGACAUUCCCCUGGUCUAUAACCGCGGUGCGAGGAACGCAUUACUGUCUCAGAAAGAUUGACUACCCUCUGAUUUGGAAGCUGCUCAAGGAAGAGAAGAUCACGCACUUCAAUGCGGCUCCUACAGUGAAUACCCUCCUGUGUGCCUCAAAGGAGGCCGAGAAGCUCCCAGAACCCGUAAGGGUGACUGUAGCAGCAAGCCCACCGACUGCGCACCUGUUCCAGCAAAUGACGGAUCUCAAUCUGCACCCAGUACAUGUCUAUGGUCUGACAGAGACUUAUGGGCCGAUCACCAAAGGGUAUCCGAUGCCUGAAUGGGACGCUCUCCCGCUGAACGAGAAAUAUGGGAAAAUGGCGCGCCAAGGACACGGAUUCGUCACAAGUCUGCCGAUAAGGAUAAUCAAGCCAGAUCAACCUGAUGGUGUACUGAUUGACGUGACCAAGGAUGGCAAGGAAAUUGGAGAAAUCGUAUUUAUCGGCAACAUCUGUGCCAAGGGCUAUUACAAGGACGCGGAGGCCACGCGCAAACUUUUCCUUGGUGGUGUACUGCAUUCCGGAGACUUGGCAGUGUGGCAUCCGGACGGAAGUGCUCAAAUACAGGACCGGGCUAAAGACAUCAUCAUCUCAGGAGGCGAGAAUAUCUCGUCUGUCGCCCUCGAGAGCAUGCUGGUGCAGCACCCCGAUGUCCUGGAGGCUGGAGUCGUCGCGGUGCCUGACUCGCACUGGGGAGAACGCCCAAAGGCAUACCUGACUGUCAAGGAAGGGAAAAGGCUAGAGCCGCAAGACAUGAUCAACUGGGCCAAAAACAACAGCUCGAUCAGCAAGUUCAUGGUGCCGCGAGAGGUUGAAGUUGUGGAUGAGCUCCCCAAGACAAGCACUGGAAAGAUUCAGAAGAAUGUUCUGAGGGAGUGGUCUAAAAAGGGCAGGAAAGAGUGA